UCGUAGCUGUAACGCGUUCCUCCGGAGGAAAGUAUGUACCUCGUGCUAUCCUACUCGAUCUUGAGCCCGGUACCAUGGAGUCGGUGCGCUCUGGUCCCUAUGGACAACUUUUUCGACCUGAUAACUUUGUUUUCGGUCAAUCGGGAGCUGGCAAUAACUGGGCUAAGGGUCAUUACACCGAAGGUGCUGAAUUGGUGGAUAAUGUUUUGGAUGUGGUGCGUAAGGAGUGCGAGAACUGUGACUGCUUGCAGGGCUUUCAGUUGACACACUCAUUGGGCGGUGGCACGGGCUCUGGCAUGGGCACAUUACUUAUAUCGAAGAUACGCGAAGAAUAUCCUGAUCGUAUAAUGAACACCUACUCAGUGGUGCCUUCGCCAAAGGUAUCUGAUACCGUCGUCGAACCAUACAAUGCGACCCUGUCCAUCCAUCAAUUGGUGGAAAACACUGAUGAGACUUAUUGUAUUGACAACGAGGCGCUUUACGAUAUUUGUUUCCGCACUCUGAAGGUAUCCAACCCAAGUUACGGUGACCUCAACCACCUUGUAUCGCUUACAAUGUCUGGUGUGACCACCUGUCUGCGUUUCCCUGGUCAACUAAACGCAGAUCUACGUAAAUUAGCUGUCAACAUGGUGCCCUUCCCCCGACUACACUUCUUCAUGCCCGGCUUUGCGCCGCUAACAUCGCGUGGCUCUCAACAAUAUCGCGCUCUGACUGUGCCCGAAUUGACACAGCAAAUGUUUGACGCAAAGAAUAUGAUGGCUGCCUGCGAUCCCCGUCAUGGUCGUUAUUUGACCGUCGCUGCCGUUUUCCGUGGUCGCAUGUCAAUGAAGGAGGUGGACGAACAAAUGUUAGCUGUGCAGAAUAAGAACAGCUCAUACUUCGUGGAAUGGAUACCAAACAAUGUGAAGACUGCAGUAUGUGACAUCCCACCCAAGGGACUGAAGAUGUCCUCAACUUUCAUUGGUAAUACCACUGCCAUACAAGAGCUCUUCAAACGUAUUUCCGAGCAAUUUUCAGCGAUGUUUAGGCGUAAGGCCUUCUUGCAUUGGUAUACCGGCGAAGGUAUGGAUGAGAUGGAGUUCACCGAGGCAGAAAGCAACAUGAACGAUUUAGUAUCCGAAUACCAGCAAUAUCAGGAAGCUACCGCAGAUGAUGAAUUCGAUCAGGAUGUGAAUCAAGAGGAGGUGGAAGGCGAUUGUAUUUAAUGUAGAGACCAGAGGAAUGAGGAGCGUGCGUAGUGCGGCGGGAAGGAGAACAAUUGCAAACCUUGGGAUCGGAGAACGGUUGGAGCUACCGGGUAUACACUUCGAUUGGAGAGAGAGAUACGAAAACUGUGGCAUACUUUAGUGCACCUAUACAUAUCAGCUCAUCUCAAGAAUUUUCGCCCGCAGCAUUUACGUUCAUGACUGGAAGCGAUACAUUUUUUUAAGCAAAAAGCAACCAAAUCAAAUUAAAUCUAGUAUUUCAUACGUCAAAGUAAAGGUUCCACUGUCAAUCGAGUUAUAUAUACAAUAUCUACACACCGUCACCUUAAUAUAGAAAGGCCCUAACUCAUUUUCGUUUCAAAUCCAGUAUUGUACAAAAGUCUGCCGAUAACUCUGUAAGCACCUCCUGGAUUUUAAAAAUAUCUAGUACAGUAUAAAAUUAGUUACAUUCUUAAAUAAAAACAGCCUUUAAACGAAAUUCGCAGCAAAAAUACUCGAUUUUCUAUGGAGUUUUUUCAUCAAUCCGUAAAGGAACAAAUGUUUUAUAUAUGGCUUUUAUAUAUUAAGGUAACGAUAUGUACAUAUGUAUUGAUAACGCGCAUAUAAUUGAAAAUAUCGGCACACAUAAACUCAGGCAAGCACACAUACAUAUUCAAACAAGCCGGUGUGUUUAUAUUUAGUCCAAGUUUGAAAAAAAAAAUUCAACAUAUUUAAAGCACGUCUAUCGCAUUUCUCUGCUAGUUUUACUGAAACUUCUAUGGUAACAUUAAAAGAACAUGUGUGGUAUUCACAACGGUGUCGUAAGUGUCGUUUUGUUGUAAGUCGUAAACUUUAAACAUAUUAAGGGGGCUCCAAAGGUACCAUAAACGUUUUAUUAUAAGUUUUCAUUUCAGUGUUAAAAAGUAAUUGGUUGUGGUUUCAAGUAAACAUAAACAUUUAUUUCAACUUUUCAAGUUUACCACAUACAACAAUAGGACACUUACGACACCGUUGUGAAUACCACAAUAUUGAAUACUUCUCAUAAACUAAUAAUUGAGUACCGACAUACAUACAUACAUAUUCUCGUAUUUAAUAUUAAUUUAUCGUUGAAUAAAUCCUAAAAUUUUCAUAACGGGCA